UACAUUUGGCAAACAAAAAAACACAAUUCGCUAACGUGUAUCUUGUUUGGCCAGUAAAAAAAAAAAAAAACCUUGCUUAGCAGACGCUACCUCUUUGAAUGUCAGCUCUGAGAGAGAUAGAGGCAUACGCAUACGUAUGUGUGCGCACAUCUUCAUAUGCAUGUGUAUAGAUAAUCCAGAAAGGCAGUUAUACCUAUGAAGAUACAUGAAAUCUGGAGGACAGGCACACACACACACCUACACACAGAAUAGGAAGGCCCUGCAGGAGAUUCCGGGAAGCUGUCUCCAUAAAAAAUACAAAUAAAUACAGAGCCGAACAGAGUUAAAUAUGCUUGAUAUAGGCAUUGGCAAAAGAACCGUCGAAUUACCAUUUAUUGUGGAGCGUACGUGUACUGAUUGCGCCAACGACAACAACAACCUGCGACCAGAAACAGAAGCAGAAGCAGAAGCAGACACAGAAGCAGAUAGAUCAUCGGCAACAUCGAGAUCAACGUUACCCAAUCAAUUGUCUAUCAACAUCUGCUCUAAAAAGCCGGGCAAAGGGACGGCCAGCAGAUGCCAUCCAUAUGUAAAACUCAAUAGAAGAAUCUACUUACGCAAAUGUAAUCGAAUGGCAACAAGCUGUAUAUAUUUUGUAUUAGUUUUAGCAAUUUUAAGUCUAAGAAAUACUAGUGCUGCUUUUCAUAAUAAUAUUACAAAUAAUUCUAUUAAUAAUUAUUAUAAUAAUAACAAUAUUGAAAGCGUAAGCAAAACUCAACAUUCUGCUGGAAUACUCCGUAUUAACGAGAGCGCCAGUGAAUUCUACCCAAUCAACAACUACUCGAAAUAUCAACAAUACAGUAAAACAGAACUAACUGGGAAUCGUAAAAGUAAACACCCAGCCCUGAUCAUCGCUGAGACUGACUCCGAGGCUAGUAAUACUCACAACAAUAACACCAACAACGCCAGUGCGAAGAAGCAAACGGAGAAGAACGUUGAACAGACUGAGAAGCAUCAUUUAGACGAUAUUGAUAUAUUUGGUGCGUAUAGCAUACCCGACGAUCCCAUCUAUACAAAUGAGUUUGCCGUGCAUAUACCUGCUGGCAAAUAUGUGGCAGAUAGCAUAGCUGGCAAGUACGGCUUCACCAAUAAGGGACAGAUUGGCGCCCUUGACGACUAUUAUCUGUUUCAGCAUCAUCGUGUGUCAAAGCGUUCGCUUCGUUCGAGUCGCAAACAUCACAGUGCCUUAAAGUCGGAGUUCGAGGUUAAAUGGCUGCAGCAGCAACACGAGAAGAUCCGCCGAAAACGGGAUGGCCCCUAUCAAGACAUACCCACCUACAGUCCGUACAAUAUUUUGCGCCAGACUAAUGACUACCUUAUCGAUCCGCAUACGAAUACGCAUUUUUCAUAUUCCCCAGACCCUGUGCUAACAUCAUCGCUGGUGGGAACCCAUUCGCCGCGCCUCGAGUACCGCGACGUCACCUCACACCUCAUAUUCUCCGAUCCGUUGUUUAAGGAACAGUGGUAUUUGGUGAGUAAAAAUGGCGGAGCUAAGGAUGGCCUUGACAUGAAUAUUGGUCCUGCCUGGCAGAAGGGCUAUACUGGCAAAGGUGUUGUUGUGUCCAUUCUAGAUGACGGAAUUCAAACCAACCAUCCGGAUCUGGCUCAAAAUUAUGAUCCAGAUGCUUCCUUUGAUAUUAAUGGCAACGAUUCAGAUCCAACGCCGCAGGACAACGGUGACAAUAAACACGGCACAAGAUGCGCUGGAGAAGUGGCUGCGGUCGCCUUUAACAACUACUGCGGUGUGGGUGUGGCAUAUAAUGCCAGCAUUGGUGGCGUUCGCAUGUUGGAUGGCAAAGUCAAUGAUGUGGUUGAGGCGCAGGCUUUGAGUUUGAAUCCAUCGCAUAUCGACAUAUAUAGUGCAUCUUGGGGCCCAGAGGAUGACGGCUCCACGGUCGAUGGGCCCGGUCCAUUAGCACGUCGUGCCUUUAUCUAUGGUGUAACCAGCGGCCGUCAAGGCAAGGGCUCCAUUUUUGUGUGGGCCUCUGGCAACGGUGGCCGUUAUACCGACUCGUGUAACUGCGAUGGUUACACCAAUUCCAUAUUCACGCUUUCCAUAUCGAGUGCCACGCAAGCUGGCUUUAAGCCCUGGUAUUUGGAAGAGUGUUCCUCAACGCUGGCGACAACGUACAGCUCGGGAACGCCGGGACAUGACAAGAGCGUGGCCACGGUAGACAUGGACGGACGCCUGCGUCCCGACCACAUUUGCACGGUGGAGCACACUGGAACAUCGGCAUCAGCGCCGCUAGCGGCCGGUAUAUGCGCCCUGGCGCUUGAGGCCAAUCCGGGUAUAACAUGGCGCGAUAUGCAAUAUUUGGUGGUGUACACAUCGCGACCGGGCCCACUCGAAAAGGAGAGCGGCUGGACGCUGAACGGUGUAAAGCGCAAGUAUAGCCAUAAGUUUGGUUACGGUUUGAUGGAUGCGGGUGCUAUGGUUGCCCUUGCUGAACAGUGGAAUUCGGUGCCGCCGCAGCACAUAUGCAAAUCGCGGGAGAACAAUGAGGAUCGUAAAAUAGAAGGUGCCUACGGCUACACUCUGGCAACGCACAUGGACGUAAAUGGCUGCGCCGGCACCAUUAAUGAGGUGCGCUAUUUGGAACAUGUCCAGUGUCGUAUCACAUUACGUUUCUUUCCGCGCGGCAAUCUGCGUAUUUUGCUUACCUCGCCCAUGGGCACAACGAGUACGUUGCUUUUCGAGCGGCCGCGUGACAUUGUUAAAUCCAACUUUGAUGACUGGCCAUUCCUCAGUGUACACUACUGGGGCGAAAAGGCCGAGGGUCGUUGGACACUGCAGGUGAUCAACGGCGGUCGUCGUCGCGUCAAUCAGCCAGGCAUUCUAUCCAAAUGGCAGCUGAUCUUCUAUGGCACCUCAACGCAACCUAUGCGACUCAAAUCGGAGCUGCUGAAUACGCAACUACGCAACAGUCCCAUUGCGAACAAUCCGUUUAUAUUCUCAUCGGCCUCCAAUAUCGGCCAGCCGGCCAACGAAGGUGGCAACUUUAACACGGACAAUUUUGCCAGCUAUCUCAACUACCAAAACAUAUUCAGUAGCGCCGGUUCCAGUCCAGAGGUGGCAACUGCCACGUUAGACGGACACAAUGUGUCGACCACAACAUCGGCUCAGCUAUCGAACGCACUGCCCAAUGGAGACAACAAGCUCAUAUUAUAUUCCUGUGAUGCCGAGUGCGAUUCCCUUGGCUGCUACGGCCGUGGACCCACACAGUGUGUGGCAUGCAGCCAUUAUCGUUUGGAUAACACUUGCGUUAGCCGCUGCCCGCCGCGUUCUUUUCCAAAUCAAGUGGGCAUAUGCUGGCCAUGCCAUGAUUCCUGCGAAACGUGCGCAGGAGCUGGACCGGACAGUUGCCUGACAUGCGCGCCAGCACACUUGCAUGUUACUGAUCUCGCUGUUUGUCUGCAAGUUUGUCCCGACGGUUACUUUGAAGAUGUGAAGAAUAGGACAUGUGUGCCAUGUGAGCCGAACUGUGCAUCGUGUCAAGACCGUCCCGAGUAUUGCACCAGCUGUGAUCAUCAUCUCGUUAUGCAUGAAAACAAAUGCUAUUCAGCUUGUCCCUUGAACACAUUCGAAACGGAGGAGAACAAAUGCACCUACUGUCACUCCUCGUGCGCUACAUGCAACGGAGCUACCGAAAAUAAUUGCAUUACUUGCCGCCCCAGCCGCUAUGCCUGGCAGAACAAAUGCCUAAACAACUGCCCCGAUGGUUUCUAUGCCGAUAAAAAGCGACUGGAGUGCCUGCCUUGCCAUGAGGGCUGCAAGUCGUGCAGUAGCAAUGGCAUCUGUACGGAAUGUCUACCCAAUUGGACGCUCAACAAGAAGGACAAAUGCAUUGUAGCCGGCAGUGAAAGCUGCUUUGAAUCCGAGUACUAUAGCCAAAGUGAGGGCAAAUGCAAUCCAUGUCAUGACUCCUGCGAGACCUGCAACGGACCAAUGUCUUCCAAUUGUCUGUCUUGUCAUCAGAAUCGCUUGCUAGAGCAGAGCAGCUGCGUGAGUGGCUGCCAAGAUGGUUUCUACAUGGAAACAGGCGUAUGUACGCCAUGUUUACAUACCUGCACCCAGUGCGUAUCCCGCACCAAUUGCAGCAACUGUUCCAAGGGACUCGAACUGCAGAACGGCGAAUGUCGCACAACGUGCGCCGAUGGUUACUACAGCGAUCGCGGUAUCUGUGCCAAGUGUUAUCUCAGUUGCCACACAUGCAGCGGACCGCGUCGUAAUCAGUGCGUGCAUUGUCCGGCUGGCUGGCAGCUAGCAGCAGGCGAAUGCCAUCCGGAAUGCCCCGAGGGAUUUUACAAAUCGGAUUUCGGCUGUCAGAAAUGUCAUCACUAUUGCAAGACCUGCAACGGUGCUGGUCCACUGGCGUGCUCAUCGUGCCCCACACACUUUAUGCUCGAUGGCGGCCUUUGCAUGGAAUGCUUAAGUUCCCAGUACUAUGAUACAACAACACAGACGUGCAAGAGCUGCCACGAAUCGUGCCGUUCGUGUUUUGGCCCCGGUCAGUACUCGUGUAAGGCAUGCGCUCCUCCGCUUCAUUUGGAUCAAUUGAAUAGCCAAUGUGUGCCGUGCUGUCAGAAUAAAAGCGCUGGCGAUAAUGAAACUGGAUCUGAAAACUGUUGUCAUUGCGACAAAGACACAGGUGAAUGUAAGACUGUCUCAACAGCUGGCAAGCGCCGCACUGUGGUGGGAUCCGACAGUAUUUUUAGAAACAUGGAUCGAGCAGCAAUUAACGAUGAGGGCAACAGUGGCUCAUUUGCCUUGCGUCUCGACUCACCACUGACUGCGAUCACAGCAAUUGCGGUUGCCAUCUGUUUGUUAAUCAUAACGAUAUUCUCCAUAAUAUUUGCCGUUCUACAGCGCAAUAGUAAUCAUGUAUCGAGGAAUUCGGUUCGGUAUAGGAAAAUAAUAAGCAAAUCGGGUGGUCGGAAAAGCGAUCCGAGCAAUGAAGCUAGAUUUAUAUUCAAUGUGGGUGACGACGGCGACGAUACGGAAGAUAAUACGGAUGAUGAUUUGGAUGUCCACACUAGGGCUAUUAAGAAGGUCGUCUACGAACCCAAUGGUCCAAUGAAUGGAAACGAAUUUUUUAUUAAAAGUACAAAUGAUAUUGAUGCGGUCGAGUUUCAUUGUAAAGGUGCGGGUGUGAAUAAAUCUAAAUUCGAUACCCAACGCAAUGCAAACACAAACCACACCGAAUGUAGCAGUCCCACGUAUAUGAAUCAGGCAACCACUAGCCGAAUGAAUAGUAAGAUUGUUCAUAGCUGAUUCAUUGAUAAAUUGAAUGUGAAUGCACCAAUAGCAACAAUUGCAACAACAGCAACAGCAACACCAACAACUUUGAUCCUGAAUUUCUUGCUCUGGACUAGUAAAUUUUAACCUUACUUGAGGAAUAUAGCGAAUCGAAAUAUUUAACAUCCGAAAUGAUAAAAAUUUAUAUGUGAUUGUGAAUUGUUUUUAUAUAUAUAUAUAUUUGUAAAUUUAAUGUUUGUAUUAAAUUUUUAUGAAAAAUGUUAUGUCAA